AUGGAGACGCUACCCCCAUUUUCGAAAACAACCGUACUCGUUAUCGGGGGCGGCCCAACAGGGCUGACUGCCGCGCUUUUGCUCGCACGAUAUGGACUACGUAGUAUUGUCAUUGAGCGCCACUUCACUCGUUCCGGGCAGCCCAAAGCACACGCCAUAAAUCCCCGCUCACUGGAAAUUUUUCGACAGAUUGGCCUCGAUACGGUGCAGCUACGCGGGCUAGGUGUGAAGCCGGAAGAUGGAGAUACCGUGCGAUUUGCCGUUUCAAUGUCUGGCGAAGAACAUGGAACGCUGCCAUAUGAGCGUCAAGGUGAAGAAACUAGAGCGAUCACCCCAGAACCUUUGUUUAAUAUCCCGCAGCCGGUUCUUGAAGAUUUCCUUUGGAAAGCGGUGACUAAGAAUGAGAUGAUCACCAGCUACCGGGGCAUGCAGUGGGACUGUUGUUCUCAGGUUGACGGGACGCGUCUCUCUUCAAAAAUAACAGAUAGAAGCAGGGGGUGUUCAAAGAUUAUAGAGAGUGUAUACAUUCUAGAUUGUGGUGGCGCCAACUCGCGCUCCAGGCAGCCCCUGGAGAUCCCAUUCUCUCCUCUGCCGGAAUACGGACAGACUGAAGUUCACCAUGUGUCGGUCCAUAUACGAGCGGAUUUGACAAGAUUUAACCCAGGUACAUUGUGGUGGAUCUCAUCUAGUCUGGUAGAAGGCACAUUUAUCUGCUAUAAUCGCUCCUCUGACUGGGUCUUUGUGACUUAUUACGACCCAAAGACCACGCCUCGGGAAAAAUUCUCAGAAGAAUACUGCCAUACCAUGAUAGAUAACGCUAUUGGCGAACACGUUCCCUAUGAGAUUCUUUCAAUUACAGUUUGGUCAACGUGGCCGAGAACGGCCGAAUUCUACCAGUCAAAGAAAUUCCCUCGGGCCUUUGUGAUGGGAGAUGCAGCCCAUGCCUUCCCGCCCACUGGGGGACUGGGGGUAAACACAGGGAUUGCGGAUGCCCAUAAUCUAGCCUGGAAAAUCAGUGCCGUGGAACAGUCAUGGGCGGACGAACGCAUACUCGCCAGCUAUGGUAAUGAGAGGCGCCCCGUAGCCAUUGCCAACGCCCGCCAAAGUGUUAAAAAUCAGGUCAAACUACGCAAUCUUAAGGCUGCAUUGAAAAAUCCACCAAGCAAUUCCGACCCUGUGGACGCUUCCAAGUGGACUGAGUGGAAACGACGGUUGGAAACGGAGCUCCAACAGAAUUCAGAGCAUUUUGACUCGAUAAAUUUACAAAUUGGCUAUGUUUAUGGGCCAGGGGAGUAUUCAGACGAGCCCUGUGACAACUAUACGCCACGGAGUAUCCCUGGAGCUAGGCUCCCCCAUGCGUGGAUCUCUCGUGAUGACGAGAUUAUUUCCGCGCUGGAUCUUGUCGAUGGGAACUCAUUUGUUCUUUUCACGAAAUAUCAAGACUUGUCUCGGGCCCCGGAUGCCGAGAACGUACUGGUACCCAUUCGCACACUUUAUGUGGGUGUCGAUUUCACUCUUCUUGAUGAGUCUUGGCUGGAUGUGAUCGGAAUAUCCGAGGAAGGAUCCAGCCUCCUCGUUCGACCAGAUCAACAUAUUUUAGGAAAAGUGAAAUCUAUUGACGAGGUACAGAGGCUUCUUACAGAAGCCUUGAUAUCGUGA